UUGACUUCACACAAUUGGGAAUCACCAGCGCGAAGGAGGAGGCAGAAUGGGAAAUAUCGUCUUAAAAAAAUCGGUAAAAAUGCACAUUUUGGUUGUUUUUAUUGUGAUAUCUUGCGUGACAUUUGAUAACGCAAAAGGAAUGCAUAUCAUUGGUACCUGGAACAGCGUCAGAUUUUCUAGCUUGUUGGCGAAAUUCAGUUUUAACACAGUUGAAAAAGACACAGAUGUCGACGGAGGAGGUUAUGUUUACGGAAAUGUCACACUGCGGUGGGAUGGCCCUGCUCAUAAAGAUCAGAUUUUACCUAGCUAUUCUCUGAUGUUGCUAGAUAAUGAUGCGUUUCCUUCAUAUGACGACGUUUUGUCAAAGCAAUCCUUCGACUCAUGUUCGGAAAUAUUCGAUGUAUUGGUAGAUAAAACAAAUUAUAAAGCAAUUAACAAGUGCAAUCCGACAAAUAUGGGCAAAUACACCAGAGAAGUCCCAUGUCCUGUUGACCAAAUUUGCCCCACUGACAAUGAAAGUGACUUGGUACAAGAUUCUCAAUUUACCUUCAAAGUGUUAGAUAAGAAACCCAGAUACUGGUUCCUAACUUUGCUUGCAUGUUACCCAUACGACAACCAGUCAGCAUCCAGGAACUGCACCUGGGCCCAAUCGUCACCUGAUACCGUUGUUGACUACAACAUCUGGCUUAUAAACGGCUAUCCAAAUGGCAGCUUCAAUUUCAACCCUUUCAAGUUCCAGUUCUCUUACGAACAACAAACUCUCUUGCAAAUGUUCAUGGUGUUUGCAUUCCUCUACACAAUCUUAUUCCCUGCUCAGAUAACAGCUCAGUGCGGACAGUCACAUCCACUCGUUAAGCUCCUCACGCUCUGUCUAUUCCUGGAGUACAUUGGUGUCGUCUGCUACUUCAUUCAUUACGUGCUUUACGCGGUCAACGGCGCAGGCAUGACAUGGCUGGAACAUCUUGGACAGCUUUUUCAAGUGGCGAUGCAGUGCUGUUUCAUGCUUCUGCUCCUGUUGUUGGCCAAGGGAUGGACUAUUACUAGAACCGAUAUUCAUCAGAAGAAGCUGGUGUUAGGUGUGUGGGCUAUGUACUCCAUCUUCUAUGUGUUUCUCUACUUUUGGCAAAUGUUAAUGAUCAGUUUGGUGUCUGAUGUCACCGAAUACCAAACCUUUGCUGGUGCUAUUGUACUAGCCCUUCGUCUCGUCAUUCUCAUCUGGUUCCUGUAUGAACUUCACACCACCAGGCUGCAAGAAAGUGCUGAGCCCAAACUCAAGUUCUACAAGUACUUUGGUAUAGGCUACUUUGUCUGGUUCAUUCACCUACCGAUCCUCGUAAUCAUCGCCGCUCUCAUAUCGCCUCAGUACAGACUCAAGGCUUUAACCGGUAUGAUACUGUCCGGAGACCUAUUAUCAAUCUCUGCGAUGGUGUACCUGCUGUGGCCCUCACGUAACCCAACUUACUUCAAGCUGGUGGUGGACGAACGCAAGGUGCUCCUACAAAAGUAUGGUUACGCAUAUAACACCAUCUAAGACAUCUCAAAAGAAUUGAUAUCACCAUUGCUGCGGCUAUAUAAUUACGGACCGAGUCUGUCUCUACCUUGAUAAGUCAUAUAUAUUUCUGAAUGAUAGAAAUAUAUCUUUAUAUUUAUUUACAUAAUCUAUAUCCUUCACUAUCUUGACUACAGUAUUAUAGCUAAUUUUAUUCUAUAAUACAGUGUUCAUCAAUUUGUGGACAUAUACAGUAGUAUUUAAUAAUAUUCAAAAUGAGGUGAGCAUUUAUUUAAUACAAUAAAGAAUUAAACUUGUAUAGCACAUACUCUGCCAAUCAAUCAGUUAAUCUAAUUUAAAUUAAUGCUAUAUGCUAAGCUAUGUGAAAAACAUACACCAGAAUGCUAAUUGUAUGCUGUUAGUGUUAGUUUGUAAACCCUUGCGGAAGACACCCUUACAAAGAGUAUCAUGGUCACAAAAAAGACAAAUUUGUAUUAUAAUAUACUUAAUUGAUGAUACCUAGAUGGCUAGAAAUUGCACAUUCUAAAAUCAUGCUUUCAUGUUAUUAAAAAAAAAGUAUAAUUUUUGUUGAUGGUAAUCAUGAAAAUUAGUUUUUAAAUUGUCAUUAAUUGAUGAAGUACCUCACUUAUAUUGGCUGUGAUAAAUCAUUCCUCUUAGAAGUUUGAAUAAAAUACAAAAACAAUUUUACUUUGGAUUAGAAAAAUAUAUGUACUCUCCAACAACCAUUUAAGUUUUUGAAACUGCAACCAAUACAAACCAUUAAAAUAGAUAUUUUGAUUGACAUACUAGCUUUGACUGAAUAUCUGUGAGAUUAUUUUACAUUAUUUUUAAAUUUAUUUCCAGCAUCGAUUUCAAAACGAAUACUUAUUUAUUUUUAGUAAAAUGCUUGAUACUGUAUCACCAAUAUCUAUUUUAUUGUAACUUUCUGGCAUGGGAUUUUACAGUGUAAUUUUGUAUUCAUUGGGACUAAAAGAGUCUUGAAAUAAUAUGAGGGAGGGCAGCUGAUGGGGCCCCUAAAUGAUCAAAUAAAGGUG